AUGGAGAGCACCCCUGAAAUAGAGAGGGCUUCUGGAGAAAGGACAGAGCCCCAGAGCCCGCUGCCUCUGGAGACUGACCCCCAGCAGGAGCCAGGACAGCAGACCUCUGCGGAUGCUGAGAGGGUGUGGGAACUGCGGUGGUUGGAACUAGGCUCUGAGAUGGCCCUGGAAGCUGAGAAGGAUGGGAUCCGUGCCCCGCAGGGCUGGAGUCGCCUGUUCCAGGCCGUGUGGCAGGGCCAAGCGGGCCUGGUGACGCAGUUGCUGCGGCAGGGAGCCAGAGUGGAUGAGAGGGACAGCGCCGGCCGCAGCCCGCUCCACCUGGCAGUGCUGCGCGGCCACGCGCCCCUAGUGCGCCUCCUACUGAGGCGCGGGGCCCCCGCGGGCGUCCAGGACCUAGCGGGGCGCACGCCGCUGCACGAGGCCGCCUGGCCCGGGCACUCGCGACUGGCGGAGCUGCUGCUGCGUCGCGGUGCCACUGCGGCAGCUCGCUGCGGGGCGGGCCUUACGCCACUGCACUGGGCCGCCGCGCUGGGCCGCCCACUGCUAGCCGGCCGUCUGCUGGGCGCGUCAAGCCCGGGCUCCGCGGCGUUGGUGGCCGCGGCGGACGCGCAUGGCUGGACGGCGGCGCACUGGGCGGCGGCAGGAGGCCAGCUACCGGUGCUCGAAUUGCUGCUGGCGGCGGACAGCGCGGGCCGGGACGGCGCACUGCACGUGGCUGCCGCGGCUGGACAAGGAGCUGCGCUGCGCCUCCUCCUGGCGCGCGGGACGCCAGUGGAUGCCCGGGAUGGCGCAGGAGCCACCGCGCUCAGCAUCGCGGCUGCCCUGGGCAACCCGCAGGAGGUUGAAGUGCUGCUUAGCCAUGGGGCAGACCCUAGCCUUCGGGACAGGCAUGGCCGCUCUGCACUCCAUAGGGCUGCUGCCGCUGGCCAUUUGGCCGUGGUCCAGCUACUGGUAGCCCACAGCGCGGAGUUGGACGCUCAGGACUCACUGAGCUUCACUCCCCUGCACCACGCGGCUCGGGGAGGCCACAUGGAGGUCGUCAGCCAUCUACUGGACAAGGGUGCACAGAUCAAUGCUGCAGGCUGGCUCCAAAAGACACCCCUGCACUUCUCUGUGGAGUCACACCAUGGUCCCACCACAGAGCUUUUGCUGAGCCGAGGGGCCAGCCCUGCCCUGGUGAAACAGUGGGGUGAGGUGGGCCAAGAAGUGGUGUCUAAGGGGAGUCCUUGCUAG